CUACAAGAAGCAAGUGAACACAAGAGAAGUACAGUAUGACAAAGGAAGAUUUUUUUGGCUUGGGCCAGAAUACAGAGGAUCACAUGGUGAACAUCAACGUGGGUGGUCUGAAGCACAGUUUUUGUUCCAGCACUCUCCAAAAAUUUCCAGACACACGCCUAUGCCGCCUUCUGUCCUGUGAAACUGUGGAAUCUAUUCUACAGAUCUGCGAUGACUAUGACAUUCAAGAGAAGGAGUUUUACUUUGACCGGAACCCUAACCUCUUUCCUUACGUCUUCCAUUUCUAUAAAACUGGAAAAUUGCACAUCAUGGAAGAGCUGUGCAUCUUUUCCUUUUGCCAGGAAAUAGAGUACUGGGGGAUAAAUGAAUUCUUUCUUGACAGCUGUUGUAAUUAUCUUUUCCACGAUCGAAAGCUGGAGAGACAUCACAAGUCCUGGGAUGAGGAGAGUGAUGUGAGUAGUGUGGACACUUCUGUGGAUGAGAUAUCUGACCUUAACAAGGAUAUUCAACAUUUCCAAGAUAUGCAUUGCGGUAAUGCUCGGAAGUGCCUAUGGUUGACCCUGGAAAAUCCUGGAUAUUCCAUUCCAAGCAAGCUCUUCAGCCUGCUUUCAAUAAGUGUUGUCCUAAUUUCAAUUGCCACCAUGUGCAUCAACAGUAUGCCAGAGUACCAGAAAUUUGAUGAGGAUGGUCAGCAAAUUGAAGACUCAACAAUGCAAGCCUUGGAAGUUUUUUGUAUCUGUUGGUUCACUUUUGAAGUUGUGACACGAAUGAUCCUUGCUCCAAACCGUAAAAAGUUUUUUCUUCACCCACUAAAUAUGAUCGACAUAGUCUCAGUAUUGCCGAUCUACAUCACUCUUGUCUUUGACCUGCUUGCUGGUGGUGAAUCUGAGCUGGGAAACAUAGGAAAAAUAGUCCAAGUUCUUAGACUUAUGAGAAUCUUUAGGGUGCUAAAGCUGGCCAGACACUCAACAGGUCUGAGGUCACUAGGUGCUACAUUACGGCACAGUUAUAGAGAGGUGGGCAUCCUACUUCUGUACCUGGCCGUAGGUGUGUCUGUCUUUGCUGGUGUGGCUUACACUGCAGAGUAUGAGGAGGAUGUUGGUUUGGACACCAUUCCUGCCUGCUGGUGGUGGGGUACAGUUAGCAUGACUACAGUCGGUUAUGGAGAUGUUGUACCUGUAACAGUUGCAGGAAAGCUAGCGGCUUCUGGCUGCAUCCUGGGUGGUACACUAGUAGUAGCCUUACCCAUCACAAUUAUCUUUAACAAGUUCUCACAUUUCUACCGCAAACAGAAGGCUUUGGAGGCUUCAGUAAGAAACACCAACAAGGAAUCUAAACCAAACUGUCAGCAGGGUGAGGGAGAAGACAAAUCUGAAGUUGAUAGUCCGUGUUUGGAGAAGGAGGAAGAAGUAGAGGAUACAUUUGGAGGCAAUAAAAGAGGGCAUAGCCCAUUAGUCUUCCACUGCUGGGGACCCCGGUCGUGUCCAAGGAGGGUACAUUUGCCUGACAUACGCUCCCUCUGA